AUGGCGGACUGGGCCUGGAUGGAUUGCGCCCUGCCUAUCACACACAGCCAGCACGCACUCAGUGAGCAGCAAGGAGGGCGAUCACACGGCACACGGAGCGGACACAGCGCAUACCCACCCGCACGGCGGCCCAACGGAGAAGAAAAAGGACAGGCAGGAAGCGGAAGUGACGUUUUCUUGAAGGCGGCCAGGACUGGGGGUAGGUACAAGCCCUCUGUUGGCGACGCCCUGUCUGCCAUAUUUGUUAUGGGCGCCUGCCAGUAG